AUGAUGUUCGCAAGUAUCCCUGUCGCCACAUUGCUUUUAAUUGCAGUGUUGAAUGCCGUUAUAUGUCGUGAAGUAUUGAUAAAUAAUAUAAUUCCUCGUCGAGAUACAGAUGGAAAUAUAUUGGAUGCUCAUGAAGGUAGCAUCUUGCUCUAUGAUGGUCUGUACUACUACUUUGGUGCAAGUUAUGGUCAAUGCAAAGAACCUCCAGGUCCUUCAGGUUGUACCGUAUGGUAUCCAGGUGGAUGCGGUUUUCAACUCAAUCAUAACGUCAGUCUUUAUACUUCGACGGAUCUUUCUGUCUGGACAUUUCGUGGAUACACCUUUCAAAUGUCUUCAAUGAAGAAUCAAGGAAUCAUGUUUGUCCCUCGUGUUUUACUAAAUCCAAAAACUAAGAAGUGGGUUAUGUGGUUUAAUUUUCUGCCAGCUUCAGGUACAGGUGUCUCGCAGUCACAAUAUGCUGUGGCUAUAUCGGAUACACCACAAGGUCCCUUUCAACUGGUUACUGAUAACGUUACUACACUAGCAUGGGAAAAUACAGGAGAUUUGAAUCUCUUUCAAGAUACUAAUGGAGAUGCUUAUAUCAUUUAUACUGCGCAUAUUGAUGGUAGUAUUUACAAUCCCAGCCACUUAAUGUCUGUAGAAAAACUAUCUGAUGACUAUCUUAGCUCAUUAGGUAAAAAGUUUAAUAGUGGAUACUUUGGUCAGACAUUUGUGGAAGCCCCUUCAAUGUUCAAACGAAAUGGAACUUAUUAUGCUGUAUUCGGUCAAUGUUGUUGUUACUGUGCCGAAGGGUCAGCUGUGACUGUCUAUACUUCUUCAUCUCCUCUCGGUCCUUUUAAAACAACAAAUAAUCUAGGAAACGAAGGUCAUGCUCAACAGCUUAACAUUAUACAGUUUAACAGUACUAAAGAUAGAGGUUAUGGUUACUUAUGGCUAGGUAAUAGAUGGCAAAGUUCUCCGGAUGGUAUCAAAGGACAUGAUUUUACCUAUUGGUCACCAAUGGCUUUUGAUCAGAAUGGUAACGUGAAAUAUAUGAACUAUACUUCUAAUUUUACUAUUGAUGUGAUUUCUAAUAUUCAUUAA